AUGAAUUCAAAACUUCGACACCGAGACUUUACGGAGUUAUUCUGCAUCUUGUUGUGUGAAUCAGCAGAUUUCUGUAAUGUUAAUUGCAUAGAAAAUAUGUGUGUGAGAGAGUGGGUGCAAAAAAAAAAAAGGGAGAACAUGUGUUUUCGCAUGUCUAAUGGGUUGAUUUCACGCAAAUGUGGUACGAUUUUUUUUUUCUCUCUCUCGAAUUGUCUGUUGAAUUCCAAAAAAAUGAAAAAAGGAAAAAUUCUAUUUUGGUCUGUAAUGCCCCUACAGCCUAUCCUCUUUCUCUCGACAACCCCACAUGUCGAUCAUGUUUAUGUAGAAUACUGCGAGAGAGUUCGAAAAUACUUUAACCGUUUAUUGAUGGUGCAGUCUUGUUGGAUUCAAUUAUUCUCUGUACAUAUUCGGGGUUUGUCAAAUCUCGUGUAA